AUGCAUCGUCCAGUCAAGUCGAGCGACAGAUCGAAGUGGAAGUACAUCGACGCUAAGCACGAAGAUGCGUGGCAGCAGGAAGAGGCCAAGUGCCGUGCCAAGCCACGUCGAAAGCCCGCUUCAGCGCUCUCACGAGCGCCGAAGAAGGCGAAGAAGGCCAAGCCGCCGAAAAAGAAGGUCCACACAGACCCGUUCACAUCAAAGCAAGUGUCAUCUUUCUACUUCAAGGCUGUACUCGACGAUGAUGGAGAGCCUACUGCAGUAUACGUAUGCCGCUGCGGUGUUCAGCGCCGAAUGGAGCCCAACACUGGCUACACCAAUCUACUUGGUCACGUCUUCAUGUGGCACACGAACUCUGUCGCCGAGAUGACCAGCGCCAGCACAAGUACUGGCACGUUGGAUGGGUUUAUCGACGACAAGACCCACAAGGUCUUGGAUCGACAUGGUGCUCUCGUGCAACUUGCCCUUCUCAUUCUCCUGGUGAAGUACAUGCGACUGUUAGUCCGUGAAGUCGAAACUGUAAUCGCUGGUAUCAUGCCUAAGUCGUUUGGUAUCAUUUUUGACGGGUGGACUUUCCGGUCGGAGCAUUGUGUCGCAGUCUUUGCGUCCUUUCGCCACGACGGCAAGAUGCAGACCAUUGUGAUCGCUAUAGCGCCAAUUAUUGAUGAUGAUAUCCGCGACUACACUGCCAGCAGCAACGUCAAGAUCCUGGACGUCAUUCUUUCCUACUAUGGCCGGAGCAAAGCCAGUAUCGCUUACAUUGUCGGAGAUAAUUGCUCCGUGAACGGUGCUGUCGCUGAUCAGCUGCAGGUUCCGAUGGUGGGCUGUGCCAGCCAUCGUCUGAACCUAGCGGUGAACUUACUUCUCGCUGGCGACGACAAGCUACUCGAUAAGAUACAGAAGUUGAUGUACAAGGUGAAAAAUUUGCUGCUGGUGUCUGCAAAAUUUCGUCGAAAAACACUCCUUCGACCUGUUCCUAGACAGGACACUCGCUGGUCAUCUACUUUUGCUAUAGUUAACAGAUACUUCGAGCUGAAGGAGUUUCUUAGUGACGACGACGAGGACGAGCUAACUGGGUUUCUGCCAACCCGGCGAGAGGAGAAGCAGCUGAAGUCGAUCCUCGCCAACCUCAAGAUGUUCGAGUCAACCUCGAAGAGGCUGCAAAGUGCAGACACGGUAACACUACUCGACGUGCGCGACCUGUUUGACGCGCUCAUUGCACAGACGCCAGAAGUCGCCCACUACCUCGCUGCUAAUGCAGCGAUCGUCAAGAGCCCUGUUUUCGCACGAGCUUGUGUGAGUGUGCUGCUGGGUCGUGAAGGCGCGCUGAGUGACGACGACAAGGCUAUGCUGGAGCCGCUGGCCGCGGGAGCAGCCCCACUGUCGAGUUCUUCGGAGACAACGUCGCUCGAUGAAGGUUUCGCCACUGUUACGCUCGAGCGUGCGAGACGGCUUCGUCAAGCUACUUCACGCUUUAACGAUCAGAUAGCUGUGAUCACUCCGACUUCGAACGUCGUCGAGAGAUUCUUUAGUCAAGCGAAGGCAGUAGUUGGUAUGCACUGUCAAGCCAUGACUCCAUUAAAUGUAGAAAGUAUCCUCUUCCUGAAGGUGAACCGCUCGUACUGGAGCGCAGCAACGGUGCGCAAGGUCGUCCGUGGCACGCAAUAA